AUGCUGCAGCCCGGGACGCCUCCCGCCCCGCCGGCCCCCGAGGAGAGGACAGUUGCUGUCGGGGCCUGGCAUGGCAUCUGCAUCGUCUGCUGCUCAGCUUACGACCUCUCCGGCCACCUGCCCCGUCGCCUCUACUGUGGCCACACUUUCUGCCAGACCUGUAUGCGGCGGCUGGACACGGUGGCCCACGCCCAGCACUGGAUCCCCUGCCCGCAGUGCCGCCAGAGUACUCCGAUGCCCCGCGGGGGGGUGGCCACGCUGGACCUCGACCUACCUGCCUUCCUGGCUGUCAGAGCCGAUCGGGACCCCCGGCCUUUCGCCACUCCCAAAGGCAGCUCAGCUGUUACGCAGCAGCCGGUGGAACCGGCGCCCAGCUCGGGACCCCAGCUGCACUUCCCCUGGGGGCCCCACUGUUGCUGGGGUUGCCGCAGCCUCUGCUGGGCACCGGGGGGCAGCCCAGAGGUCUGA